AUGUCAAAGAAGGAGAACUUUGAACUGGUUGUCAACUCUUUCGAAGAAGGAGAGGCGACAACAAUACAUGACAUCGAUGCUGGGACUUUUCAAUCUUCCAAAGAACAGUCGCUGCCACUAGAAGAAAGAAUUGCACAGAGAAAGCUUUUUCCCCGGCAAGUAUCAAUGAUUGGCAUUGGUGGUGCUAUCGGAACGGCUCUUUUUGUCUCGAUCGGAACGCAGAUCAUUCAUGGAGGGCCAGGCUCACUUUUGAUAGCAUUUUGUUUGUGGUCGGUAGUAUUCAUAGGGCUUUCACAGUGCAUGUGUGUCAUGGUGACGUAUCUCCCAGUCACCGGUUCCUUUGUGCAUUUCACAGAAAGAUUCGUGGACAGUUCUUGUGGGUUUUCUGUUGGAUGGACAUAUUUUGUGUGCCAGGCAGCAAACGUAUGUUUCGAAAUAACCGCUGUUUGCCUGGUAGUGGAGUUUUGGACAGACAAAAUCCCGAAAGCGGCCCUGAUCUCGGCUCUUAUCGCUCUAUUUGGGUCUUUGAAUCUUUUCUCUGUGUUUAUUUUUGGGGAGGGUGAAUUUUACUUGUCAAUUGGCAAGGUUUUCUUGGCGAUCGGGCUGAUUUUCUUUACUAUUGUUGUGAUGGCAGGAGGAAACCCACAACAUAAGGUUCUCGGAUUCAAGAACUGGUCCAAUCCGGGUGCAUUUGCUGAAUACAUAUCCACGGGCUCGGUCGGGAAAUUCCACGGUUUUAUGUCUUGUUUGAUCUUUGCCUUGUACGUUUUCUGGGGUGUUGACUAUCUAGGAAACGCAGCUAGUGAAGCAAUGAACCCGAGAAAAGUUGUUCCUUCAUCAUUUCGGAAAGUUUUUGGAAGACUUAUCAUUUUUUACAUCGGGGGCGCGAUAUGUGUUGGUAUUCUUGUCCCUUUCAACGACCCCAGCAUGAUCAAAGCGAUAAGUGAGGGGGCAGUUGGGGCCGGGGCGUCUCCAUAUGUCUCUGCGAUGAAAACGCUUGGAAUAGGCGUGUUGCCUCACAUCGUCAAUGUACUUAUAUUGACCUCGAUUAUCUCAGCUGGAAACUCGUCUUUAUACUCGGCCUCAAGGGUUCUACAUCGACUGGCGCUUGAGGGUCAAGCCCCGAAGAUUUUCAAAAUAAAAACGAAAAGAGGGGUUCCUGUUUACUGCUGUGUUGCUGUUCUACUUGUUUGUGGAUUGGCCUAUCUUUCAGUUUCCAACAGCACGAAUAACGUUUUGACAUGGUUUCUGAAUGUUGAAACAGCCGCGAUGGCAAUUGUUUACAUUUUCAUUUGCGUGUCUUAUUUGCAGUUUGCAAAAGGUUGUAAGGCACAAAACAUCGAUCUCAAAACUCUGCCGUACCACAGUUCGUUUUUGCCCUAUUUAGGCUGGCACUCCCUUUUUUGGCUGGUUCUCAUGUUGUUCAUGAACGGUUACGCGGUGUUCUUGAAGGGUUCAUGGGAUAUCCAAAGUUUUGUCUUCUCCUAUUUCAUGAUUCCAUUUUUCAUUGUGUUGUUCGUCGGGCACAAACUCUUUAAGAAAACCAAGUUUGUAAAGCCGGCUGAGAUGGACCUGUUCUCUGGAAUUGAGGAGCUUGCAGAGGAGGAUGCAUACUGGGAAGAGAACCCUCCCAAAAUGAACUUGCUGGACAAGGCUUUUGGGUUUAUUUUAUAG